AUGCCUAAGAAGAGAAAGAACAAUGGCCGCAACAAGAAGGGUCGCGGCCACGUGAACCCCAUCCGUUGCUCCAACUGCUCGCGAUGCACGCCCAAGGACAAGGCCAUCAAGAGAUUCACCAUCCGCAACAUGGUUGAGUCUGCUGCUAUUCGUGACAUCUCUGACGCCUCGGUCUUCGCCGAGUACACCGUCCCCAAGAUGUACCUCAAGCUGCAGUACUGCGUCUCUUGUGCCAUUCACGGCAAGAUCGUUCGUGUCCGAUCUCGUGAGGGUCGUCGCAACCGUGCUCCUCCCCCACGUGUCCGAUACAACAAGGACGGCAAGAAGAUCACUCCUACCCAGGGUGCCAAGACUUCGUAA